AUGCCAAUCACCGAGUUUGAAACAAAAGAGAAGUACCGUUAUCAAAGCGGCUUCAACUGCCACUUUGAAUCAGAGGCGAUCAAAGGCGCUUUGCCAAUUGGCCACAACUCUCCCCAGGCGCCCCCGUUCGGUCUCUAUACGGAGAAGCUCUCCGGCACAGCCUUCACAGCACCUAGACACGAAAACAAACAAACGUGGCUGUAUCGCAUUCUGCCGUCAUGCGCUCACCCGCCGUACCAGCCUUCUCCCGAGGGCACUGCCCCGGAGCUCGUCGUCAGGGAAAGCUCCAAGAUGCACUACAUCCCUAACCAGCUGCGGUGGGAUCCCUUCAGCCACGACGAGUCCAAGGAUCAUGAUUUCGUCUCGGGUCUGAAGCUUGUGGCCGGCGCCGGCGACCCUACUCAGAAGCAGGGCCUUGGCAUGUAUGUGUACGCCGCGGGCAAGGACAUGGAUGAAAAAUCAGCCUUUUACUCGGCCGACGGCGACCUGUUGAUUGUUCCCCAGGAGGGGGAUCUCGAUAUCCGCACCGAGCUCGGGUGGCUGCUCGUCCGGCAGAUGGAGAUUGCCGUGAUCCCCCGCGGCGUCAAGUACAACGUCCGCCUCGCCUCGGGCCCAGCCCGCGGAUACGCCCUGGAGCUGUACGAAGGCCACUUCAGUCUUCCAGAGCUUGGUCCCAUCGGCUCCAACGGCCUCGCCAACGCGCGAGACUUCGUGGCUCCCGUUGCCAGCUUCAGCGAGGACUUUGGCGCGACGGCCCACGAGGGCCCAAACAAGUACCUCGUGACGGUCAAGUUCAACAACACGCUCUUCCAGACGACGCAGGCCCACACGCCGUUUGACGUGGUCGCCUGGCAAGGCAACUACUACCCGUACAAGUACGACCUUGGCCGCUUCAACGCCAUCGGCACCAUCUCCUUUGACCAUCCAGACCCGUCCAUCUUCACCGUGCUCUCGGCGCUGACUCCGGUGGCCGGAACCGCCGUCGCCGACUUUGUCAUCUUCCCGCCGCGCUGGCUCGUGGGCGAGGACACCUUCCGCCCGCCGUGGUACCACCGCAACACGAUGAGUGAGUUCAUGGGCCUCAUCCGCGGCGCGUACGACGCCAAGAAGGCCGGCGCCGGCGGCUUCGUUCCUGGCGGCGCGUCGCUGCACAAUGUCAUGAGCGGCCACGGCCCCGACGCGGACAGUCACGAGGGCGCCCGUGCCGCCAAGCUCCAGCCUGUCAAGGUUGGAACGGGCAGCUGCGCCUUCAUGUUUGAGAGCUGCCUCAUGGUCGGGGUGACGGAGUGGGGUUUGCGGACGUGCAAGAAGGUCCAGGAGGGAUAUAGCGAGGAGAGCUGGGGUGGCGUGGUGACGCAUUUCAAGCUCCCCGAGGGUGCGGUCGCGAAUAGCCACCUGGCAGAAUGA